AUGUUAUUAGGUUGGAUUGAUGAAUUAGCACUCAUCCGCUCGGAUCCCACUAAAAACAUUCUCAAAUCCUUCCCACUCGACGUGAAACGUGUAGUCAUCUCCUCCAUCACUGAUUAUUUCAAUCAACAGAAUGCAACAGCUAAAAACUACCUCACCACGACCUCUCACGUCGAAUGGGUCAUGGAAGUCUUAGGUCAUGCCUUCCAAUUACCCAUUGCAGAUCAUCAAACCAUUGAUCGGGCCAUCAAUGUCUAUAACAAGUGGCUCUUUGAAGAGGCUCAACGUCCCGCUCCUCUCCAAGAAAAUUUACAGUACUUUGUUCAGCAAAUUUUCAAUCACUUCUCAUUGUUGUUUGAGGAACGUGGUUUGGAUGGUACAUUGGGAACUGGAGGUUCGGGAUCUCAGGAAGAGAAGAAACAUCAUAUUCAUCUAUGUAAUCGAGUGUUGGACAUUUUCCUUCAGAUGGGAGUGAAGGGGGAUAUGUUGGAGGAGGAAACUUGGAAUCAUAUUUUGAAGAUUAUAUUGGGAAUUACGGACUCGACUUUGAGAGGAAAGAGAGGUCUUCCAGAGUUGUCGUAUGGAUUGUUGAAAGUCUUGUUUGAAUUGUGGUUGUGUUCCUUGUCCGAUGAUAAGACCAUGUGGCGUCAUUUGCAAGAACAUGGAAUUUUGUGGUCCAAGAAUAAUGCAACCAUCAAUCAGUGGAAUAGUGUUUGUAUUGGUU